AUGCAAUGGAAGCUCACGCGCGGCAAAUGGAGGCCCCGUUUGUUAGAUUUCGUUUCCUCUUUGGAAGACUCCUCGGUAAAGUCCGCUUCCCAAAAGGCUUUCCGGUUCCUUCCCGACACCUACAAAGCCAUUUCAGAGCUCACGGUUUUGAAAGGAGUCGGCCCCGCUAAGGAAUUAAGUUCAAAAGGUGACUCCUUCACACCUUCAGAUGUAGAAAGGUCUCUGUGGAGUUCAGCUGUAGGUGUAAAGUUGCAAUCUUCACCGACAGUUCCGGACAAUAAGAUCAAGGGAAGCAACAAAAGAAAGAGAAAGCAUUGA